CUCUUCCUCAAAUUAAAAAGACUUCAAACGGCCCUUCUUCUUCGUGUCCACCGCCGUCUCAGAUCCAGCUUUCGGCGAUGCCUCUCGCCGACCGAUCUCUCCUCCCUCCCUUCGCCUCAUCCGCCUUCGUUCUCCUCUUCUUGAUAGCCGCCACUGUCUCCGCCUCGGAGUCCGACCAUAAGUACCAAGCAGAAGACCUAGUUACACUAUGGGUAAACAAGGUUGGGCCAUAUAACAACCCCCAAGAGACAUACAACUAUUAUACUCUUCCAUUUUGCCAUCCAUCUGAGAACCCUGCUCAUAAGUGGGGUGGGCUAGGAGAGGUCCUAGGUGGAAAUGAACUAAUAGACAGCCAGAUCCCUAUCAAGUUUGAAAGAAAUAUUGGAAAGGGCACCAUUUGUACGAUUGAACUUGAUGCCACAAAAGUUAAGAAAUUUGCAGAUGCUAUAGAGAACUCUUAUUGGUUUGAAUUUUUCAUAGAUGACUUACCUUUUUGGGGGUUUGUUGGAGAGACUGACAAGAACAACAAAGAUAAACAUUACCUGUACACACAUAAAAACAUUCUCAUCCAACACAACACAAAUCAAAUUAUUCAUGUUAAUCUCACUCAAGAAAAUCCUAAACUUUUGGAACCAGGGAAAAAGUUUGACAUGACAUAUUCUGUCAAAUGGGAGCCUAUAAAUGUAACAUUUGCCCGCCGAUUUGAGGUUUACUUGGAUUACCCAUUUUUUGAACACCAGAUUCACUGGUUCUCUAUCUUCAAUUCUUUCAUGAUGGUUAUUUUCCUCACUGGCCUCGUAUCUAUGAUAUUGAUGAGAACUCUCAGAAAUGAUUAUGCAAAAUAUGCUCGGGAAGAUGAUGAUCUUGAAAGUCUGGAAAGAGACGUUAGUGAAGAAUCUGGGUGGAAAUUAGUUCAUGGGGAUGUCUUUCGGCCUACUCAGAAUUUGGCUCUUAUGUCUGCUCUUGUUGGUAUUGGUGCCCAGUUGGCGACACUUGUUCUUCUAGUUAUUUUGCUGGCCAUUAUUGGGACACUAUAUAUUGGGCGAGGUGCUAUCAUAACUACAUUCAUUGUGUGCUAUGCCCUUACUUCAUUCAUCUCUGGCUAUGUUAGUGGUGGACUUUACUCGCGCAAUGGUGGUAAACACUGGAUAAAAGCAAUGAUUCUCACGGCAUCAUUGUUUCCCAUCAUAUGCUUUGGGAUUAGUUUUAUACUUAACACAAUUGCUAUAUUUUAUGGAUCGUUGGCAGCUAUUCCAUUUGGGACAAUGGUGGUUGUGUUCAUCCUAUGGGCUUUCAUUUCAUUUCCUCUUGCACUUUUAGGCACUGUUGUUGGCAGAAACUGGAGUGGUUUGCCAAACAAUCCAUGCCGUGUGAAAACUAUCCCACGUCCUAUUCCUGAGAAGAAAUGGUAUCUAACGCCAUCUGUCAUCUCGCUUAUGGGAGGAUUGCUUCCGUUUGGCAGUAUCUUCAUUGAGAUGUAUUUUGUUUUCACAUCAUUUUGGAAUUAUAAGGUAUAUUAUGUGUAUGGAUUCAUGCUGCUAGUGUUCUUGAUCCUUGUCAUUGUUGCCAUUUGUGUGACCAUAGUGGGCACAUAUUUCUUGUUAAAUGCUGAGAACUAUCACUGGCAAUGGACUUCUUUCUUUUCUGCUGCAUCAACUGCCAUCUACGUGUACCUUUACUCCAUAUACUACUACUACAAGAAGACCAAAAUGUCUGGCUUUUUCCAGACUAGUUUCUACUUUGGCUAUACUCUAAUGUUCUGUUUGGGUUUAGGAAUACUUUGUGGUGCUGUUGGCUAUCUUGGCUCCACUCUGUUUGUGCGAAGAAUCUACAGAAACAUUAAAUGUGACUAGCGACAUGCAGACAGACAGCAUAUACUAUCCAAAUUUUGAAAUAGUGGAACUUCAUGCUGAGUUCUGGAUUGUUGACUACAUGAAGAAGGAUGUGCUAGUCUUUUUUUUUUUUCCUUUAUGUUUUUUUAGCUUACGAGUAUAAUAUUGAAAAUACAACUGACACAUCUUCUUUACGUAUAUCAGUGUAAUUAUGUAAAAGAAGGGCCAUCCCGUAGUAAAAUCGCUACAAGUGGUACCAACAGAUGGCAGCUCCUAAUUCUGGUACCAUUACGUCCACGUCGAAGUAGAGUUCUUUUUCAACAAUUGCUUGUAAUUUAUUAUGUCUUUUCAAGAAGGCUUGAUCGGAACUGGAAAGCCAACCUCACCUUGCGUAUUAGUUCUAGUAACUACGUGAUUUGAAUGUUUCAAUCUGGUUUUUCCUAAAUGCCAUUCAAUCUUUUAUCUA